AUGGGAGUUCUUGACUAUAUUUCAGAUCUUUUCUCAGUGGCACCUACCACUGGAAAGAAACGCAAACCAAUGCAGACUGUAGAAAUCAAAGUGAAAAUGGACUGUGAUGGCUGUGAAAGAAGAGUUAGAAAUUCUGUUGUCCACAUGAAAGGUGUGAAGCAAGUAGAGGUGAAUAGAAAGCAAAGCAAGGUAACAGUUACAGGUUAUGUGGACAGAAACAGGGUCUUAAAGAAGGUUCAAAGCACAGGAAAAAGAGCAGAUUUUUGGCCCUAUAUUCCUUACAACUUGGUGGCUUAUCCUUAUGUGGCUCAGGCAUAUGACAAGAAGGCUCCAUCAGGUUAUGUGAAAAACUCUGCACAAGCACUACCUGCCCCAAACUCACUCGAUGAGAAACUCACCUCUCUCUUCAGUGAUGAAAACCCCAAUGCAUGCUCAGUGAUGUAA